AUGAACAAUGACGAACUUUGCUGUGCACGAGCCAUUUUAGUGGCUAAAGCCAUAGCGGAUGAGGAUCCACAAUUAAAACUGGGGAAAGACUCUCAUUGCCCAUUACAAAAAAAAUUGGUGCAAACCCUACAUGAAGAAGCGCGCGUACCUAUUAGACCCUGAGGACUAGAACAAAUCAAACUGUUCGAGAUCAUCUUGAACGAAUAUCAAUUCGUUGUCGUCUCCGCCGAACAUGGACACGCCAUUGUUCAUAAAGGACCCCAAAGUAACAAACAAAUCGUGUUACUCAUGCAUGAUGGUAAUUUUGAUGUCAUCACCAAACUCCCUGGAUUUUUUUAUUCUGUCUAG